GGCAAACAUAAAGUGCAGCUCUAAUGGAGGCAAGCAGCAGACUGACGAUGCAGGUGUUGUUGUUGGCGUUGGUGGUUCAGGUCACCCUGUCCCAGCACUGGUCCUACGGGUGGCUGCCAGGUGGAAAAAGAAGUGUGGGAAAGCUUGAGGCAACCAUCAGGAUGAUGGGCACAGGAGGAGUGGUGACUCUUCCCGAUGAGGCGAGCGCCCCAAUCCAACAGAGACUUAGACCAUACAAUGUUAUUCAUGAUGAUUCCAGUCAUUUUGACCAAAGGAAAAGGUUCCCUAAUAAAUGAAGAGCUGCAAAACCAAAAGGAAAAGAAAAGAAACACCACUGUACUUUCAUCUUCAGCAGCAGUGGCAGAUUCCCUAAAUUCAGGAUGAUGACUCCAACAAAUCACCACAUCUGUUACACAGUUAUCAAUUAUAUGUCUGUAACAUUUACAUCCAUGCAAAAUUGUAAUAAAGUUUUUGGAAUCUGA